CUCCUGUGUCACCCCACCACCUAGCUACCAUGCUGAUCAAGGAGUACCGGAUCCCCAUGCCUAUGAGCGUGGAUGAGUACCGCAUCGCCCAGCUCUACAUGAUCCAGAAGAAGAGCCGAGAGGAGAGUUGUGGUGAGGGUAGUGGGGUAGAGAUCCUAGAGAACAAGCCGUAUGAGGAUGGUCCAGGCGGGUCGGGUCAGUACACACACAAAGUGUACCACAUCGGGAAACACAUCCCCUCGUGGUUCUGCUCCAUCCUGCCUCAGGCUGCUCUACGCGUGGAGGAGGAGUCCUGGAACGCCUACCCAUACACACGCACACGGUGAGAGGGAAGACACGCAGGUAGUAAUACAGUAUGCAUCAACACACCCUUACAUCAAUCUCACCCUUACAUCAAUACUCCCUUACAUCACACACCCUUACAUCACACACCCUUACAUCAAUACACCCUUACAUCAAUACACCCUUACAUCAAUCUCACCCUUAUAUCAAUACACCCUUACAUCAACACACCCUUACAUCACACACCCUUACAUCAAUACACCCUUACAUCAAUACACCCUUACAUCAACACACCCUUACAUCAGUACACCCUU